UUUCUCUCUUUCUUUUUCUUUUUUUUUUAUAUUUUCUUUCGCUCAGGGCAAUCAUGGCAACCGUAAAACCUAUCAUCAGACUUCCACCUCGUAGUAAAUCAUGUACGACUCGUUCAGUGUACGUGGAUGAUAACAGUCAUGAUCAACAACAGCAACUUGUAACUGAAGAUCUAUACUUUGAAGAUGACGAAAACCGAUUAUCCGAUUAUGAUAUUGAAAGACUGUUACAGGAAUACAAUCUUUACAAUAUCAAGAGAGAACGAGGUGGCGGAUAUUUAAGCUUCCCGGAUUCCAAAAUUGCGGAUAGAGUGUAUUCUCUUUUUAAUGGUUACAUCUUUACAAAUGGAACAAUACUCAAGUUUAGAUUAUCACCUUAUCAAGAACCUCAAGCCGAAGGGCCUAUUUUGGAAGUUCGAAAUCUACCAAAUCAUAUUGAUCAUAAUACGCUUUAUGACAUAUUUCGCCCUUACGGUCCCUUAAGUAUUUGCAAACCUAUUACGGAGGAUGGUUCUCAUCGUGGAAAAGCCCUCGUCCAGUUCUUUCAUCGAUACCACUCCGAUUCCUCUGUCAGCGAUCUGAAUAACAAGACUUUUGAUGGCAAUACAAUUCAAAUCACUGUAUUAAUGGUGAAUAACGCAACACGUUAUCCCGUGAACCUCAACCAAUCUUUAUCUACACCUACCACCAUGGUUACUUCGGCUGCCGCUGAAAAAGAAAACAGCUUUGUAGAUUACAUGAAUUUAUAUGUCAAGAAUUUGGACCCGACGAUUGAUAAUACGGACUUGUUCAACAUAUUUCGUAAAUUCGGUCGCAUCGUAUCAGCAAGGGUCAUGAGUAAUCCUCAAAAUGGUUUAUCCAAGGGGUACGGAUUCGUCAGUUUUGGAAAGCCCGAAGAAGCUGCUCUGGCUCUGGAAGAAAUGAACGGCUUUCAGUUCCGUUCUAAGCCCAUGAUUGUGGCAUAUCAUGAACCCAAAAAGCCUCGUCAGGAAAAAUCCACUUCUACCACCACAUCGUCUUUUCAUUCUCCUAUUGAUUACGCUAAUAAUACCAGUACUUCUCCCUAUUUCGAGACUAGACAUCCUCAUGAAGGUCCUUUAAAUGGCCUGGGUAUCGACCAUGUAGACCAUUUAUCAAUGAACGUAAAAGAGCUGUCAGUCGGCAACACAAACGUUCCUAUGCAACGCAAGCUAUCGACCAUUGCAUUAGUGGAAAACAGCUUCUCACCCCCGCCAAUCCGUACCUCACCUCAAUUUGCAGCACGUCCAUCCUUGGCUUCAUUAGCCUCGGGGGCUAGUAUUCAGCCGGCACCCCCCAACAGCUAUGAAAAGACGGAGCAGGAAAAAAUAGUGGAAGAGCCUUCGAGAUCACUUCGACGUCGUGGAUCAUUAGAAUCUGUCAAUUCUGUCAUGACAGAGUCAAGUGCACAUAUCCAACGUCAACGUAUGACGGAAGCUGUCAAACGAUGUGGCUCCUACGGAAAGGAAUUGCAUGACAUUGUCGACAUGUUAUUGACCCUGAAAAAAAAGGAAAGAUCCAUUUGUCUUUUCAACCCUGAUUUCCUGUUAGAUAAAAUCAAUGCCGCAUUAGAAGCCUUGGAGAUUUGUGAAGAUGAAGAAGAGGAAGAGGAACCUGUCUUUGUUUCUGAGAAAAAAAGAGAGAAAAUCGAGUUAAAGCAUAGAGCUUAUAUACCAGUCAGUACUUCACCAUUGUUACCCUUGAGAAAAAAGAGUAUAUCUCCUCCUGCUACGACUGUUCAAGAGACAGUUGUUAUACCUCCUCGCAAAUCAAAAGCCAUACCCAUUGUAGCCCCACCUGCAGAAUCCAUCAAGACAGCCGAGAUUAAAGCCAUGUUAAGUUCCUUUGAUGGAAAGGCAAUACAUGAAAAGAAACAACUUUUGGGUGACCAACUUUUUCCUUUGGUCAAGGCAACUGGUGUGAGACACGCACCGAAAAUUACCAUACGAUUAUUGGAUUCAAUUGAAUUGGAAGAAUUGGCUAAAAUUAUGUUUGAUAAGGACUUACUAAAAGUUCAAGUAGACAAAGCAUUUGCUGGCUUAUAAUUCUUUUUUUUUUUUUAUUUUUUUAUUACGUUACUGGAAGAACGUAAUUCUCUUUUUUUUAUCUCUCUUUUUUCAAUAUAUUACU